AUGCAAAACAUAUGUAGAAAGCAAUAUUUAGUAGUAGAAAGUGUAUAUAUGCUACCAAAUGCGAGACGCGCUUCAUUUGAAUUUUUUUUAUUUGCACAAAAAAAAAAUUACUCUCCAAUCCUGAAACCUUUUCUCCUUGGAACCAGAUCAUCCAGAAUUUUUACACACGGAUCAAAAACGACCUCCACCGUUUUUGAAGAAAAAAAGUCGACUUAUAGAUACCAGCAGUUGAUAUUUUUAUUUUUAUUGGGUUUCCUUGAUUUUGUUAAAAAUUGCAAUAGCCUUUUCUUUUUGUAUGCAAACGAAGAAUUAAAUUACUUGAGACUGUUGAAUAUGCCACCAAAAAGAAAGAAGCUCCUGAAGGAAACGAAAUUAGCGCUGCUUUCGAAGAAACAAUCACCUAUUGUCACGACGAGGAGAAGAAGAUCAGCAAGAAAACUAUCACAUGAGAAUAAAAACAGUCCUUCACGGACUCAAAAAAUUGAAGAUGACAUUGGUGUUGAUACUCAAAUGUCAGAAGAGAUAGCGAGCUCUUUGAAUUCCUCACCUAUAAAGCAAAUAGAUAGGCGCCUGAACAAUUCGACUCCUACCAAAAAUACACUUUCCUCGUCUCCAAUCAAAACCAAGAAAAGCGUUGCAUUUUCAGAUGACCUAAUAUCAGACAUCCCUAGCACACCAGACCGAAACCAUUCUUCUGGUCGUUCGAUCCUAAAAUCAUGCAACUCUGAAUUUCAAAAUAGGUUAGUCGAUCCGAGUAACACUUCAUUAUGGCGGAAAGCAAAUGAAAAUGUGUCAUAUGGUCCCAAAAACCCUGAUUUUUGGCUACAGGGAACUAUUGUUCAGUUGCCCCCAAAUUCACCAGAUUUGUACCAUUUGAUUGAAGGGUGUAUAACUGUAUUGCAGGAUGCGUCUUUUGAUAAGAGGUUUGAGGUAUAUGCCACAUUGAACGGUGUAUAUAAAACAAACUCUGGUUCUGGUGCUGUUAAGUUGUUUAGCUCCACUUUGGAAGAUUCUGUGCUAGCCAGUCCACGUAAAAAUCGAUCCACUCCGAGUCCACUUAAAAAUAAUAGUCCUACAAAGAAACAGCGAGAAAGCCUGUAUGUUGCAUUACUAGCUGGUCAGAUAAUAAAGGAUAUCGAGGCAACAGAGGAUUCGUUGUUCGACGAUAACAAAGACAAAGAGAAUAGAUCCCCUACAAAAAAUGAUCCAUUUCGUAUAAGAAUAGUUAACCAAGCAACCAAAUUAAUGAGCUAUUUUAUUUUAGAUCAGGAACUUAACAAACUAAUAUCGCUCCACAACAUCGACUGGCUAUAUCAUCAUGCGUGUGUAAUGCUUACACAUCCAAAGGCGUCGAAGGCGAUCAUAUCUGCAUAUUUAGUAAUCAUGAAAGAAUGCAAGCUAAGUGCCAAAAAAAAGAAGGCAUUAUUUGAAACUGGUGAUUUGGCUGAGAAGAUGUUAUUUGCAUUGAUCAAUAUGAAAAGGUUCCCAAGUUCAUCAUUGGUGUCGGAGCAAUUUAUGUGUUUUAAGAAUUUUGUGAAUCUUUUCCCCGGUAUAAUGGCCAAAAAUAUCUCCCAUUGGUUUGGAAUGUUAUUAUUAAAUAUUUGUGAAGUUGGUUCACCGUUUUACUUGAAAUGCUUUUCCGUCGGGGUUCAUUGUUUGUUAGAGGUGGCUAAGGCUUUUCUAGAUAACCGGAAAACAAGAGCUUAUGUAAAAUUGUUUUUGUCUUCUCCCUUUUCUUUUAAUAUCAAAUCGAUGUCAAGCAGUGAAUCGAUUGUAAUAGAUUCAGAUUCCAACGAUUCUCAGAGCCAGAAGGUGGUAGAUAUAGUCUUGUCGAAGCUUCUGGAACUAAUUCACGAUGGCCAAUUUAAAGAGGCCAUGGAUAUUUGGGUUGCAUUAACGGUGCUCGUUGGGUAUUCAGGGGAAUCCUUUGAAAGGUGGGAACAUUUGAGUAAAUGGUUGCAAAUCACAAAACUUUGUUUCAACUCGCAGGUACCUCAAGCUAGAGUGUUAGCUUUGAGUUGUUGGAAAGCGAUAAUUUUUAAUUUGUGCAGAAAUGAUUUGGAUGAAAUAAGGAAAACAUUGGAUCCAGUAAUGGGCCAUUCAAAUAUUAAAGACAAACAACAACAAAUCACGACUGUCAUGAAGCCAAAAGUGAAGCUUCUCACCUAUUUGUUUGGUAGUUUCAAUGCUGCGGAAAUGGAGGAUGAAGUUAUUGACACAUUACACAAUCUAUUUGUUGCCAUAUUAUAUUCAACAAUUAAUCCCCUUGUUAUAAAACUGCGCACGAAAUACUUGCAUAUCCUUUGGGAUAAAGUCUUCCAAUUUGUAUUUAUUAACUUUUACUUUAAAAAGGAUGCUUCUAACGCCCGUAUGAGCCAAUUAGGCUUUGCGGUUUUGUCUAAAUUGAUUAAAUCUGCUACACCGGUGAAUGAGAGAAACUUCAAUGAGGUGCGCUGUUUGUCGAACGAGCCUGUUUCAAUUAAUGAAGUAAAUUCGUUGCCGCCCAGGUGGAUCUAUUCCAAGUUUGAUAAAAUAAUGCAGAAUAUGAUAUUAAUAUUUCUUCUGGAAAACUUGCAUGUGGAAGAUAAAAUUGGGUUUUUUAUUGCCUUUUUGGCAAGCAUAAAACCGAUAGUUAAAAACGAGGCACUGGUUUCCCCUACUACAUUUGACAUUAUUGAUAAUAUUCCUAUCGUCUUGAGUCACCUUUUCAAGACAAAUACGCUUUCACAUGAUUUGGCUAUCAAAUUAAUUGUAAACUUACAUGACACUUUUACAUCGUCUUUAUUGGUGAGGAGAGCAAAUAAGCAAGAUGAGAUUGAUACAAGUAAUAACAUCUAUCUUCCUGUGCUUGCUAAUUGUUCAAAGAGUUUGUCGAAAGAAAAGUACUUGGAGAUUUUUCAGUUAAUAACUCAGUCACUUUCUCAUAAAAAAAUUCUUGUAUUUAUUGCUGAUUAUGUACAGCUGGGUCUUAAAAUGGAAGAUGUUAAAGCUGUAAUUUCUGAUAUUCUUGCCAAACGAACAGUGGAAUUAUCCAGUGAAGAAUUAGGAUUGUAUGGGGAGAUUUGUCAAUAUUUUGAUACAGGGUUUGAGACAUUUGUCAAGAAGUUAAUUCAAACAAUUGUCGUUGUGUCUGAUUCAGAAAAAAUGUUAAAUUGUUUUGAAAACUUGAAUAUUACUUCCUGGAACUAUUCUAUCGUCAUCUUUCUUUUAUUAUUGUUGAAAAAUGCUCCUAAUAAGCACAUUUUUCAAUUUACCAUAAAUUUGAUUGAAAAGAUGAUGAAAAGCAAUUUCAUUGCAACAUUAGAACUUUUGACAGUACAAGACUUCGAAGCUGAGAUUUUUCCAUUGAUGGACCAGAUUUAUACAAAUUCGUUGCAAUAUUCUGGUGAAACGCUCUUCAAAAUCUGUCUGCUCUUGAAGGAUUAUUUGGAAUACAAGUUAAAAAAUUCUGAAAAUCACGAGCUAGUUGACAGGUUACUUUUGGGUUGCUACUCGGUCUUGGGUAUUGAUGUGAGUACCUUGAUACAAGAUGAUUAUUCAAAAUAUCCUAAUUUCAAAAUUGAAUUGGAUAAAAGAAAUCUGUGCAUUGUUAAUGGAAAGAUAGUUGUCAAUCACUUACAGAAAAGCCAGGAAUCAGACGACAAAUCAUCCCAAGAACAAGAAACUAGUGUACCAACUGACUCUGAUAAUUCUUUGGAUUUACAAGUGGAUUCAAAUAUACAAAAGGAGCAAGAUGUUAGUGAAAGUAACGAAUAUGAUCAAAGUAACAUACCUGAAUUGUCAGCUGAUUCUUCUACUUCCAUUCUGGAUAUCAACACUGUGGAUACUGUUAAUAAAAAUAUUGCAACUGAGAUAAGUUCUAAAAGCAAUUUACCAGAGGUGGAACAGGUUUGCAAAGUUAAUGAUAUUAUUGUGACUGAUACUGAAUGUGCUAAGGAUGAAUCUAAAGUUCAGCCCACAGAAGAAUUUGAAAGUGUUAUUCAACGUAAUGAAGGAGGGCUUGGUCUUACUGUUAAACUUACUCCAGUUAAGAAUAGAUCAGCGAUUGAGACAGUAUCUCCUAAACAAGAAUUCAUUGUUAAAAUUGUGAAGAAGAAACCAGAGGAACAAGUUCAAGAAUCUUCCUCCAGUGCUAAAGAUGAUGAUGAAAUAUCUGACAUAGAAACGAGUUCAGUUUCACAGGGAAAUGGCAAUGGUAUCAUUGAGCAACCAGAAGUUCUGUCAUCAAGAAGUUCCAACGGAACACUUGUAAGAAAGAGAGAGCAUCCAGAGGAAUCAUUAGCCCCAUCAAAGAGAUCAAAAGUUUGUGAGAGCACAAAUUCUGCUGAAGAUGGGUUGAAGGUUACAAAAACACAGUUGAAUGCAAAUGAAAAAUCAUUACCAUUGGACGAUGAAAUUGCACUUGAGAAUAAACAGGGAGAACUAAAAAUGAGCAAAGUUGAUGUGGACUUCAAUGGGCAACAAGGAGAAAAUAUUCAAGUUGAUUCAUGUAACUUUUCGAGCAUUAAUAACAAUUCUCUGGACCCUAAAACAUUUGCAGAAUCUAUUGUUAGUACUGAUGGUGAAGAAAAAUCUGAGAAUGGUGAAAUUCCACCAGCCAAGGAACUCGAUAUUGAAUGUACUACAUCGCCUGAUUUAAAGAAUUCUGAUAAUUCAGCUAUAUUAGAAACCAACAAUGAUAUCAACAAGAAAGAUACAGAGGAAGAAAAAGAGAAAAUGAAAGAGGAGCAAUAUUCGAUGGUACAAGAGGCUCCUUCGUAUUUUUUGCCAUUAAAAGAAUUUGAAGAAAUCAAAUCUAAAAAAGAAAUUGAUGAUGACUUUGAAAAUUCAGUGGGAUACCGUUCAAAUGGAAUUAGCAAGUCUUACAGUCCGAUGGACUUGGUUGAUUUACUUUCUACAAAGUCUGAUGCUGAGUUGGCAUGUAUAACAAGUGACGAAAAGUACGAAAUGGAAACCAAGUUGCUAAAUUUGAUGGUUCGUUUAAGAAACUUAAAAUAG